AUGGUCGAUCUGGAGAGCGAAGUGCCCCCCCUGCCUCCCAGGUACCGGUUUCGCGAUUUGCUGCUAGGGGACCAAGGAUGGCAGAACGACGACAGGGUACAAGUUGAAUUCUAUAUGAAUGAAAACACAUUUAAAGAAAGACUAAAGUUGUUUUUCAUUAAAAACCAGAGAUCAAGUCUAAGGAUACGCCUAUUCAAUUUUUCUCUAAAAUUAUUAAGCUGCUUAUUGUACAUAAUUCGAGUACUACUAGAAAAUCCUUCACAAGGAAAUGAAUGGUCUCAUAUCUUUUGGGUGAACAGAAGUCUACCUUUGUGGGGUUUACAGGUUUCAGUGGCAUUAAUAAGUCUAUUUGAAACAAUACUACUUGGUUAUCUCAGUUAUAAGGGAAACAUCUGGGAACAGAUUUUACGGAUGCCCUUCAUCUUGGAAAUAAUUAACGCAGUACCCUUCAUUAUUUCAAUAUUCUGGCCAGCCUUAAGGAAUUUGUUUGUCCCAGUCUUUCUAAACUGUUGGCUGGCAAAGCAUGCCUUGGAAAAUAUGAUUAAUGAUCUGCACAGAGCCAUUCAACGUACACAGUCUGCAAUGUUUAAUCAAGUUUUGAUUUUAAUAUCUACUUUACUCUGCCUUAUCUUCACCUGUAUUUGUGGAAUCCAGCAUUUGGAACGAAUCGGAAAGAAAUUGAAUCUUUUUGACUCACUGUAUUUCUGCAUCGUGACGUUUUCGACUGUGGGCUUUGGGGAUGUCACUCCUGAAACGUGGUCCUCCAAGCUUUUUGUUGUUGCUAUGAUCUGUGUGGCUCUGGUGGUUCUCCCUAUACAGUUUGAACAGCUGGCCUACUUGUGGAUGGAGAGGCAAAAGUCAGGUGGGAACUAUAGCCGACAUAGAGCUCAGACUGAAAAGCAUGUUGUUCUGUGUGUCAGCUCACUGAAGAUUGACUUACUUAUGGACUUUUUAAAUGAGUUCUAUGCUCAUCCAAGACUGCAGGAUUAUUAUGUUGUGAUUUUGUGUCCUACUGAAAUGGAUGUGCAAGUUCGAAGAGUACUGCAGAUUCCAAUGUGGUCCCAAAGAGUCAUUUACCUUCAAGGUUCAGCCCUGAAAGACCAGGACCUACUGAGGGCAAAGAUGGAUGAUGCUGAGGCCUGUUUUAUUUUGAGUAGCCGUUGUGAAGUGGACAGGACAUCAUCUGAUCACCAAACAAUUUUGAGAGCGUGGGCAGUAAAAGAUUUUGCUCCAAAUUGUCCUUUGUAUGUACAGAUUUUAAAGCCUGAAAACAAAUUUCAUAUCAAGUUUGCUGAUCAUGUUGUUUGUGAAGAAGAGUUUAAAUACGCCAUGUUAGCUUUAAACUGUAUAUGCCCAGCAACUUCUACACUCAUUACACUACUGGUUCAUACCUCUAGAGGGCAGGAAGGCCAGCAGUCGCCAGAGCAGUGGCAGAAGACGUAUGGCAGAUGCUCCGGGAAUGAAGUCUACCACAUUGUUCUGGAAGAAAGCACAUUUUUUGCGGAAUAUGAAGGAAAAAGUUUUACCUAUGCUUCUUUUCAUGCACACAAAAAGUUUGGUGUUUGCUUGAUUGGUGUCAGGAGGGAGGAUAAUAAAAACAUUUUGCUGAAUCCAGGUCCUCGCUACAUUAUGAAUGCUUCAGAUAUAUGUUUCUAUAUUAAUAUUACCAAAGAAGAGAAUUCAGCAUUUAAGAACCAAGACCAGCAGAGAAAAAACAAUGCACCAAGGUCGUUUUAUCACGGACCUUCCAGAUUGCCUGUACAUAGCAUCAUUGCCAGCAUGGGUACAGUGGCCAUAGACCUGCAGGACACGAGCUGUAGAUCAGCAAGUGGCCCUACCCUGACUCUUCCUGUAGAGGGAGGUAAAGAGCUAAGAAGGCCUAGUAUUGCUCCUGUUUUAGAGGUUGCAGACACAUCAUCAAUCCAAACAUGUGAUCUUCUAAGUGACCAAUCAGAAGAUGAGAACACACCAGAUGAGGAAAUCUCUUCAAAUUUGGAGUACGCUAAAGGCUACCCACCAUAUUCUCCUUACAUAGGAAGCUCACCCACUUUCUGUCAUCUCCUUCAGGAAAAAGUGCCAUUUUGCUGCUUAAGAUUAGAUAAGAGUUGCCAGCAUAACUACUAUGAGGACGCAAAAGCCUAUGGAUUCAAAAAUAAACUAAUUAUAGUUGCAGCUGAAACAGCUGGAAAUGGAUUGUAUAAUUUUAUUGUUCCUCUCAGGGCAUAUUAUAGACCAAAGAAAGAGCUUAAUCCCAUAGUACUGCUGUUGGAUAACCCGCCAGAUAUGCAUUUUCUGGAUGCAAUCUGUUGGUUUCCAAUGGUUUACUACAUGGUGGGCUCCAUUGACAACCUAGAUGACUUACUCAAGUGCGGUGUGACCUUUGCUGCCAACAUGGUGGUUGUGGACAAAGAGAGCACCAUGAGCGCCGAGGAGGACUACAUGGCCGAUGCCAAGACCAUCGUCAACGUGCAGACACUUUUCAGGUUGUUUUCCAGUCUCAGUAUUAUCACAGAACUCACUCACCCAGCCAACAUGAGAUUUAUGCAGUUCAGAGCCAAGGACUGUUAUUCUCUUGCUCUUUCAAAGCUGGAAAAGAAAGAACGAGAGAGAGGGUCUAACUUGGCUUUUAUGUUUCGACUGCCUUUUGCCGCUGGAAGGGUAUUUAGCAUCAGUAUGUUGGACACACUUCUGUAUCAGUCAUUUGUGAAGGAUUAUAUGAUUUCUAUCACCAGACUUCUUCUGGGACUGGAUACAAUACCAGGAUCUGGCUUUCUCUGUUCUAUGAAAAUCACGGAGGAGGACUUGUGGAUCAGAACCUACGCCAGGCUCUAUCAGAAGCUGUGUUCAUCCACUGGAGAUGUUCCCAUUGGAAUCUACAGGACUGAAUCUCAGAAACUCACUACAUCUGAGUCUCAAAUAUCUAUCAGUGUGGAAGAGUGGGAAGACACCAAAGACUGCAAAGAGCAAGGCCAUCACCGCAGCAACCACCGCAACUCCACGUCCAGUGACCAGUCUGACCACCCCCUACUGCGAAGGAAGAGCAUGCAGUGGGCCCGGAGACUGAGCAGAAAAGGCCCCAAACACUCGGGGAAGACAGCAGAGAAAAUAACCCAGCAGCGGCUGAACCUCUACAGGCGGUCCGAGAGACAAGAGCUUGCUGAACUCGUGAAAAACAGAAUGAAACACUUGGGGCUUUCCACCGUGGGAUAUGAUGAAAUGAAUGAUCAUCAAAGCACCCUCUCCUACAUCCUGAUCAAUCCAUCUCCAGAUACGAGACUAGAGCUGAAUGAUGUUGUAUACUUAAUCAGGCCAGAUCCUUUGGCCUAUCUUCCGAAUAGCGAACCCAGCCGGAAAAACAGCAUUUGUAAUACUACGGGUCAAGACACACGGGAGGAAACUCAACUUUGA